AUGGAAGGUUCCAUUGCUCUACUGAAGACGUCCCCGGUUAGGGUGGGUGACCAAGUUGACGAAGAUAGAGUCUUCUUUCAUCGGAUGUUUUGGACAUUCCCUCCGUGUAUUGAGGCUUUCUGCCACUGUAAGCCGCUGGUAAGCAUCGACGACACACACCUGUAUGGCAAGUAUGGCGGGACAUUGUUGUUGGCGAUCGCACAGGAUGGUAACUCGAAUAUUUUGCCUGUUGCGUUUGCACUCGUGGAGGGGGAGAACGCAGAGUCUUGGCCAUACUUUCUUUCGAACCUUAGAAGGCAUGUCACUCCACAGCAAGGUAUUCUCGUGAUCUCUGAUAGACACAACGGCAUCAAGGCUGCACUAGAGUCCCCCGAUAGUGGUUGGCAACCUCCCCAUGCUUAUCGGGCAUUUUGUAUUCGGCAUGUUGCUGCAAAUUUUGCCCUCACUUUCAAAGGACAGGAUGCGAGGAGGUCGCUGGUAAAUGCCGCGUAUGCAAAGACGGAAGCAGAAUUCGACUAUUGGUUUGAUAUAAUGAGGACGGAGAACCCGGCCAUGUGCGAUUGGGGCACAAGAAACCUACCGGUGACGUCUCUGGUUAAGUCGGCAUAUCUCCGGCUGGCCGAGUUGUUUGUUGUUCGGGGGCAGACGGCAGAGGCACAGUUAGGGUCCGGUCACCGGUUUUCACAGGCAGUAGUUAAGGCCAUUAAGCGUAAUCUGAAGGAUUUGAGGUGCUUCACGGUGACUGUGUUUGAUAGACAUCACCUUGACUAUACAGUGGCUAAGACGACGCCCACCGGCAAAUUCUCUUUGGGUAGCUAUCAGGUUUCUCUAAGGGAUCGCACCUGCGAUUGUGGAUACUUUCAGGCGCUGCACUACCCCUGUUGCCAUGCCCUCGCAUGCUGUGUGCAGUCACAGCUAGAUUGGGACACUUAUGUCGAUGAGGUGUACACCAUGUCUGAGGUCUUUAAGGUGUAUGAGAUAUCCUUUUCACCUUGUAUUCCAGAGGGGCUUUGGCCACCAUAUGACGGGCCGACAAUGAUCCCCGACCCGGACAUGAGAAGGGCAAGAGAAGGACGACCACGGUCCACCCGCAUCCGCAACAACAUGGAUGAAGCCGACACCAGCCGACCUAAGAGGUGUGGCCUGUGCAGGCAGCCCGGUCAUACCCGAAGGGUUUGCCCUCAGCGAGGUUCUACUAGCGGGAUAUAG